AGGCAACUGGGGAGUAUGGAUAGAGGGAGCGGCACAGACGCCUUCACUGUCACUCUGAACAUGCCGGGGCUGCUGCUCGGAGAUGCAUUUCCAGACUUCGAAGCGGAGACCACCAUUGGAAAAAUAAAACUCCAUGAAUUUCUCGGUGACUCAUGGGGGGUCCUGUUCUCCCACCCCAGAGACUACACCCCGGUGUGCACCACAGAGCUGGGGCGCGCUGCUAGACUGAGCAGUGAGUUCAGUAAACGCAACGUCAAAAUGAUCGCCCUGUCCAUCGACUGCCUGGAGGAUCACCACGGCUGGACCAAGGACAUCCUGGCAUACAACUGUGAGGACUCGGCCUGCUGCUCGCUGCCCUUCCCCAUCAUAGUUGACGAUAAACGGGAGCUGGCAGUGGCUCUGGGCAUGCUGGAUCCAGAUGAGAAGGAUAAAGAUGGCCUGCCCGUCACUGCGCGCUGUGUGUUCAUCAUCGGCCCUGACAAAAGGCUGAAACUGUCCAUACUCUACCCGACAACAACCGGACGCAACUUUGACGAGAUUUUGCGAGCGGUGGAUUCUCUCCAGCUCACAGCGGGGAAACGAGUGGCAACACCUGCAGACUGGAAGCCUGGAGAAUGUGUGAUGGUUCCUCCCAGCAUGUCUGAGGAGGAGGCAGCCGCUUUAUUCCCAGCCGGCGUCUACACCAAAGACCUGCCCUCUGGCAAGAAGUACCUGCGCUACACACCGCAGCAGUGAGCACGACGCAGACAGACCUGACAUUCAGCACUUAUUUAUGUCAGUCAGUCCAGCAGCUCUCAAUCUGGGACUCUAACGACCUUAUGUCCUGCGAGUCUGUGUAAGCAGCGGACAAAACGCCUGAAUGAAUGUGUAGAGAUUAUUUUUAAAUAAAGUGAUUUUAAAGAUGGUACAUCUCCGAGAAUCAUAGCUGCAAUGUUUAGCCUAGUUUCAUAAUGGGGAUUGUUUUUGCAAAGGGGGAGGGGGGGCUUGAGCUAGGAAAAUGCAUUUGUUGAUAUUGAAAGACGUAGCAAACAGUUUAGUAUAUACAGCAUGGAAAAGAAGCUUUUCUUCUGUAGGAUGAAACAAUCAACAAUUCAAGUUUAAACUUUAUAGUUUACCCACUUCCUCUUCGCAAAAGAGGAAGUGGGCAAAGGUGCUAGUUACACAAAGGAGGACAGUGAGAGCAAAUAAGGGUAUUGCUAUACAUUUGUACUCUUUUAAAGUGACAACUAUACCUCAUUAAACACAGUAAAUGAA